GAGAGAGAGAGAGAGCGAGAGAGCGAGGCAGCAGUGAACUGAGGCGAACUGUUGGGAACUGACUGACUGACGGACAGACUCCUGUUGUAGGUCGCUCACGUCGCUGCAGCUUCUCCCCGCAUUUUAUGAGAAAACGACAGCAACUUGAGUCGCUCCACAGAGGUUUGUGGUGCUCCUCUUUAGAGUUUCCUGCUGUUACAUGGUUGCACAGAGCUGAAGCUUCAGGGUGUUGAAGAUGGCAGUGUGGAUCCAGGCCCAGCAGCUUCAAGGAGAUGCUCUGCACCAGAUGCAGUCGCUUUACGGUCAGCACUUCCCCAUUGAGGUGCGACAUUAUCUGUCCCAGUGGAUAGAAGGCCAGCUCUGGGAUGCCAUAGACCUGGAGAACCCACAAGAGGAGUUCAAGGCCAAACGCCUGCUCGACAGUCUGAUACAGGAGUUGCAGAACAAGGCUGAGCACCAGGUCGGAGAGGAUGGUUUCCUACUUAAAAUCAAACUGGGACACUACGCCAGCCAGCUCAAAAGCACGUAUGACCGCUGUCCUCUGGAGUUGGUCCGAUGUAUCAAACACAUCCUCUACACAGAGCAGAGGCUCGUCAGAGAGGCUACAAAUUCGAGCUCUCCGGUGGGUGGAAUGAUGGACAGCAUGUCUCAGAAAUACCAACAGAUCAACCAGGCUUUUGAGGAGCUUCGCCUGCUGACCCAGGACACUGAGAACGACCUGCGCAAGCUCCAGCACAACCAGGAGUACUUCAUCAUCCAAUACCAGGAGAGCCUCCGCAUCCAGGCUCAGCUAACCAGCCUGGCCACGCUGCCCCCUGCUGACCGUCAGCUCCGGGAGCCCGCCCUCCUCAGCAAGAGAGCCACUGUGGAGGCAUGGCUGACCAGAGAGGCCAACACACUACAGAAAUACAGACUGGACCUGGCAGAGAAGCACCAAAAAACACUGCAGCUGUUGAGGAAGCAGCAGACCAUCAUUCUGGAUGACGAGCUGAUCCAGUGGAAGAGACGGCAACAGCUGGCAGGCAACGGGGGCCCGCCGGAGGGAGGCCUGGACAUCCUUCAGUCCUGGUGUGAGAAGCUGGCAGAAACUAUCUGGCAAAACAGGCAGCAAAUUCGACGGGCGGAGCACCUCAGACAACAGCUACCCAUCCCUGGUCCUAUUGAAGAGCUCCUUAACGAACUCAACAGCACGAUCACAGAUAUCAUCUCAGCAUUGGUCACAAGCACCUUCAUCAUUGAGAAACAGCCUCCUCAGGUGUUAAAAACCCAAACCAAGUUUGCCGCCACAGUGCGCCUCCUAGUGGGUGGGAAGCUAAAUGUGCACAUGAACCCUCCACAGGUCAAAGCCACCAUCAUUAGUGAACAGCAAGCCAAGGCCCUGCUGAAAAAUGAGAACACAAGGAAUGACAGCAGCGGGGAGAUUUUGAAUAAUAACUGUGUGAUGGAGUACCACCAGACUACAGGCACUCUCAGUGCCCACUUCAGAAACAUGUCUUUAAAAAGGAUCAAGCGAUCGGACAGGCGAGGAGCCGAAUCUGUCACAGAAGAGAAGUUCACCAUUCUGUUUGAGUCCCAGUUUAGUGUUGGAAGCAAUGAGCUUGUCUUUCAAGUGAAGACGCUAUCACUCCCCGUAGUGGUGAUAGUUCACGGUAGCCAAGACAAUAAUGCCACAGCAACCGUGCUAUGGGACAACGCUUUUGCAGAGCCGGGACGGGUGCCUUUCCUCGUGCCAGAUAAGGUUCUUUGGCCUCAGCUGUGUGAUGCCAUCAACAUGAAGUACAAGGCAGAGGUGCAGAGUAACCGAGGCCUGUCUGAGGAGAACCUGGUCUUCCUGGCUCAAAAGGCCUUCAGCAGCUCCAGCAACAACCCAGACGACUACCGGAGCAUGACGAUGACCUGGUCACAGUUUAAUAGGGAAAGCUUGCCAGGAAGGAACUUUAUUUGGCAGUGGUUUGAUGGUGUAAUGGAACUCACAAAAAAGCAUCUCAAACCACACUGGAAUGACGGCUAUCUUGGGCUUGUGAACAAGCAGCAGGCUCAAGAUAUGCUGAUGUCCAAACCCAAUGGUACCUUCCUUCUGCGCUUUAGUGACUCUGAGAUUGGAGGGAUCACAAUUGCCUUGGCAGAAAACCCUAACAAAGCAGGUGAGAGAAUGGUUUGGAACCUCAUGCCCUACACAAAAGACUUCUCCAUUCGCUCUCUGGCCGACCGCAUCAGCGAUCUCAAUCAUCUCCUUCUCUACCCUGACAGACCCAAGGAUGAGGUUUUCUCCAAAUAUUACACCCCACCCCUCUCUAAAGCAGUGGGAGGUUACGUGAAGCCACAGAUCAAACAAGUGGUGCCUGAGUUUGCAACAGCCAAUCCAGACCCAGCAAGUGGGAAUCCGACCUAUAUGGAUCAAGGUGCCUCUCCAGCACCUGUCAAUCCUCAUACCUAUGGCAUAUACCCACCUAUGAGUGACUCGAUGUUGGAUGCGGACGGAGACUUUGACCUAGAUGACACCAUGGACGUGGCAAGACACGUGGAGGAGCUUCUGCGGCGGCCCGUAGAGAGCCAGGUGGGGCGGCCAACAGUCCUUGACCUGCGACUUUUUUGAACCGCGACAACACCAAACGAACCCUGCCCUCCCAAUUUGCCCCAUUCAUU